ACGUGAUCCCGCGGCGGUGACGCAGCGCGCGCGCGGCCGGGUGUCGGGUGACCUUCAGCGGCGGCGGUUGGUGACGGUUGCGGCCGUUGGCGGCGCGAGACCCGGGCUCUCCACACACCCGCCGCGAUGCCGAGGGGCAGCAGGAGCCGCACGUCCCGCGUGGCGCCCCCCGCCAGUCGGGCACCACAAAUGAGAGCUGCACCCCCAGCGCCUGCUGCGCGGGCCCCUGUCCCAGCAGCAGCACCACCUUCUGCUGUGGCUUCUCCUGCACCAAAGCAGCCUGGUCUGAUGGCACAGAUGGCUACAACUGCUGCAGGAGUUGCUGUAGGCUCUGCUGUAGGCCAUACCAUAGGUCAUGCACUUACAGGAGGAUUCGGUGGAGGAAGUGGCUCUGAAGCUGCAAGGCCUGAUAUUACUUAUCAGGAACCACAAGCAGCUCAGCCUGCCUAUCAGCAGCAGCAGCAGUUUGCCCCAUGUCAGUAUGAAAUGAAGCAAUUCCUGGAGUGUGCGCAAAACCAGACUGACCUCAAGCUGUGUGAGGGGUUCAGUGAAGUACUGAAGCAGUGCAGGUUUGCUAAUGGUUUAGCUUAAGCCUUCAGAACAUGGAAGCUGAGAACCAUCUUACAAGAACUGACCUAUGAAUGAAAAAGCUUCAGUAAUAGUCUAAAGCUGCCUGAUACCUUGUUAGUUCAUAUAUUCACACUGUUGUCCACCUCAUGGCUUGAUUUCUGCCAUAGCUUCUACAGAUGUGAUACAACCCACAACAGCAGAUUAAAUCAGUACAAAAUGGAAAAAAUGAACAAUAAAGCAGAAUGAGCUAAUUGGGGUUAACUGGUUUACUGAUCAUUGUGUUGAAUGUAAGUGAUAAGAUGUCUAAAUAAACUUCUCUCUCUCUCGGA